CACUUGAAUUAGUGGUCUGCACCCUUAGCGAUGGGAGCCUGAAAAUCGUGUCACGUCCGCCUCUAGUGUGACGAAGUCACUUAUAAAAGGUCUUUGUUCGGGCGCUGGACGACAAGCGAAUUCAAGUCGACGAGCGACUAGAAACCAGUCUAAUACUAAACAUUCCCCAGAGGGCGUUAUUAUGCAACAUGGCGGCGCCCGCCCCCGUCAAGCUGUUCGAGGGGGCAACUCACGCAAGCGUUUAUCUAAAAUAUCGACCUUCAUUGCCGCAGAAAAUCUUUGAAAGUAUUGUUGAGUAUUUACAAGAGAAGCACUCUAAGCCGUUCAAGCUUGCUGUUGAUGUGGGAUGUGGAUCAGGUCAAGGUACGCAACCUUUGGCCCCUCAUUUUGAAAGGGUCAUUGGUAUAGAUGUAAGCGAGGCACAGAUUGCUGCUGCACUGAAGAGGGACGACAAACCACCCAAUGUUGAAUACAGAACUGGCCAAGGGGAGAAGAUUCCCGUCCCAGACAACUCGGUCUGUCUGGUUACCUGCUUCCAGGCUGCUCAUUGGUUGGACUAUACAGCCUUUUGCAAGGAAGUCGAUCGUGUUUUACAGCCAUCUGGUUGCAUGGCUAUCUCCUCGCAUGGAAGCCUCCUACCAGAGGGUUGUGAUGGUGACGAGACAACAGAUAAAAGAUUGCAGGAGCUACACACAGAUUUUUGCGAGGGCACAGUUCUGGGACCAUAUUGGGACCAUCACCGGACGAGACAUAAUCACAACCUGUUUGCUGAUUUCAGCAUUCCUUAUCCAGGAAGCAUCAGAGAUGAUAGUUACCAGUUGGUUUGGGAGAUGACUGUGCCAUCAUACAUUGGUUUCCUCAGCUCCUUGUCAGCCUUACGUACCUACUUAAAAAAGAACCCCAGUAGCCCAAACCCUUUAGAUGAAUUCCAGGACAGGUUGAAAGAAAUCUUUGAUGCCAAGGCCGAGCUUGAGCAGAUCAAAGUCCGACUCAAGGCACCGGUUGUGUUACUACUCGGACGAAAACCACUUCCUUAGGAGGAAAUCAAGGAAUAGAGGAU